AGCUCCAUGGUGAUGAGCUGUCCAGCAUUUCAGCAACCGGAGCCUCAGAGAGAGCUGGAAGAGGAGGAGAAGGACCGCACAGAGCUGGGCGGGGGAAAAGAGGCAGGGAAAAAGGGGACAAGGCACUGGGCGGGGAGGCAGGUCUGCAUGGCUGAGGGAGGCAGGUGAAGAAGAGGAUAAAGAAGAGAAGGGAGAUCCAGGCAUCAGACCCCCGAGCCCUGGAGAGAGGGUGGGGAAGCCCGCAGGAAGAGACUGUGGCCAGCAGCCAUGUCAUCCACUUUCAACAAUGGAGCCAGCAUUCCCUCUCCGCCAGAUGCUGCCAACGGCUUCCCCCAGCCUGGGGCCUCGGGGGCCUGGCACAGACCCGAGGAGGAGCUGCGAGUUGUGGAGCCCAGCCUGGUGAAGAAGGCCCACCGGGAGAUCCUGGAUCAUGAGAGGAAGAGGCGCGUGGAGCUCAAGUGUAUGGAGCUGCAAGAGAUGAUGGAGGAACAAGGGUAUUCUGAAGAGGAGAUCCGGCAGAAGGUGGGGACCUUCCGACAGAUGCUGAUGGAGAAGGAGGGAGUCUUGACCAGGGAGGAUCAACAUGGUCGCCACAUAGUGAUGGAAAGCCACUACUUGAUAGAAGGGGAUGCCCAGGGCCUGGAGUACUUGCCCUAUGAAGAAGACUGCCCUCUGGAGUGCGACUGUCCUGCCGACUGUUACCGGGCUGACGGUGGGCACCGAGAGUACAGGACCAAGCACUGGUCAAGCAGCUCAGCCUCACCCCCUCCCAAGAAGAAGAAGAAAAAGAAAUCAGGCCAUCGGAGGAGUCGCAAAAAGAGGAAGCUGGACUCCGAAUGCAGCUGUGGGAGCUCCUCACCCCUUCGGAAGAAGAAGAAGAAUGGAAAAAAGCAUAGACGUGACAGGUCUGACUCAGGAUCCAGGAGGAAGAGAAGACACAGGUCCCGCAGCCCCAAAAGCAAAAGAAAAGAGAAAAACAAAGAGAGAAAGAGACCCCAUAGUGAAUCUCCAUCAAGAAGGUCUCAUCGACACAGUAGCUGUAGUUCUCACAGCGCCUCCGUCUCUUCCAACUACAGCAGCUCCAAAUCACCCAGCAGACUGAGCCCCAAGCCCAGAGACGACGGCCCCAAGGCCAGUAGCCAGCGGUCCAGCAGGAGCAGAACGUCCUCUCCUUCCGGCCGCAGCCGAUCGGGGUCCCCGCACCAGAACGGCCAGCGGAGCAGGCGUCCCAGCCAGUCCCGAGGCAGCCCGUCAGACACACCACUGGAUAGGCCCGACUCGCCCGAGCCCCGAGCCCACACCAAAGCGGAGCCAGCAGCGACCACGCCGCCCCGGGGGAAGGAGGGGCGAAGCCCCGGCUCCGCCUCGCCGCAGCCCCCGGCCAGGGGAGGCCGAGGAGGCCCCGGCGGAGGAGGCUCGGGAGCCUUGACCGGAGGCGGCGGAGGCGCCUGCGGGAGCGUAGCGGGAGAAGCCAAGCACCGGCGGCGCUCGCGCUCCGCCACUUCGGCGCCGCGGCGCAAAGGACGGCGGCGGCCCCGCGGCCCGGCCCCCCGGAGCUCCCCGCGAUCUCUCAGCCGCGCGGGCUCCAGCAGCGAUUCGGACGCGUCGGCCGUCUCCCACCAGCCGGGCCCAGAACCCAGCCAAGAACGGAGCCACAGCGCCUCUGGGAAAAAAGAGAAGGAAGGUGAUGGCCGGACAAGGCACCCAGAGGGGGAAGCUACCAGGCCUCGACGGCGGUCCCGGAGUUACUCGCCCAUCCGGAAGAGACGUCGGGAUUCACCUAGUUUCAUGGAGCCUAGGCGGAUUACCAGCGCCCGGAAGCGCCCCAUCCCCUACUACCGGCCCAGCCCCUCAUCGUCGUCCUCGUCCUCCAGCUCCUGGAGCAGCCACUCCUACAGCCGCAGCCGCAGCGGGAGCCGCAGCCCAGACAGCUACAGCAGCCGCAGCGGGAGCCGCAGCCGGACCCGCAGCCCCUCCAGGACCCCCAGCCCCAGCCCCAGCUACAACAGCCGCAGCAGCUCGGAAAGCGGUGGCUUCUGAAGCCCAGAGAGACCCACGCUCCCUCUCCCCCGGAUGCCUGCUCCUUCCUACUCCCACUCAAGAGCCCCCCGGACGCAGCUGCCCCUGGUCCAAGGGACCCACUGUGAGGGGCUCGGAGGACCGGGAGGCGGGCCAGAGCCAGGAGGCAGGGGCGAGCGGGCCGUUCUCCUGUGUGGGCUGUGGGAGACUCCCCCCCCUACAUACACCUCACUCCCCACCCCCCAGCCCUUCAUAUUUCUCAUACCCCACCCCCGGGGUGGGCCCAGGUAUCUGGGCAGCCCAGGCCAAAAGCCCCUCGAGGCCAAAUUCUCCCACUGCAUCCAUCCCUGACCCCUCCCACCAGCACCAGUCGGGGGGCAGAGAGAAAACCUCCAGAGGGAUGGAGACUCGGGCCCCAGGCGGGGAGUGUCCUGUGGGCCUAAGCGGGCCUAGGGAAGAUUCUCCCCCAUCCUCCGGCCUCCUUUCCUCUGACCCUGUUGUACAAGGUUGGGUUGGCAAUGGGGGGCGCUCUGUCCUCACGGGAAUGGGGCUGGUGUGCCCCAGGACUCUAGAGACCUCUGCCCAGUUUGGGCACAGGGCCUGAUGACCAAGAUCAGGAUCCUACCGCUUCCAGAAGGUGCCCUCUCCGCUCCUUGGAGCUGGGCACCAAGAGCCACUGAACACAGGAUAUGCUCAGUCUCUGCCCCUGAACCCUGUUCUGCCCUGAGCCAUCCACUCCGCAGGGAAGGGGUGUGGGAAAGAAUCUGCUUUCCUGGAGAGCCGACCCAAGGAGGCGAAGCCCCCCCUCUCCCAGAAUGUAUCCCCAGCCCCUGCCCCUCCCUGAUUGGUUGGCAGAAGAAGUGAAACCUGGCAACUUCCCGAAGCCCUCUACUCCCUUCACAUGUCCCUCCUGUCUCGAGCCUUCUUUUCUUUCCCUCAGCCUUCUGGACUUUCUUUCUUUCUUUCUUUUGGCCUUGUCUUGGGGGAGCUCAACACUUGAUGUCCAGGAAUGCUCCUGAAAAGGGGGCCUCUGGCUUCAGCUCCCAUUAGGAACACCCGGGAGAAAUGGUCCAACACUACAGUGAAUGGGACCCAGGUUCAAUGGAAGACUCCUUGACCUUUGAGCCAUGGGGCCAUUCACGGAGUGAUCCCAAGGAAGGAAAGGAGACAUGGCUCUUUUCCUAAGGUGGCUAAAAGGUCACGUACCCAAAGGCAGAAGGAUGGAGCGGCUGACCUUUCCAUCCCCCAGAAACAGGGCUGGAUAUUGGGGGCGGGGGAGGUACAAGUGACCACAUCAGGCUGACUGUUGGACUCAGGAAGGAAACCUCACCCACAAUGCCCUGUCCCUUCCCCAGGGCUGAUGUCCCCUGCCAUUAUGUAUUUCACCUGGGUUGAAAGACCCAUCAACUAAGCCUCCAGCAUGGCCCUCCUCUGAGGUAAACACACUUCCCUACCCAGACACAAGUCUCUCUCAUCUGUCGUGCCCUGGGAUCUACGUAUCUGGCCCCGAGGAGUGACUCGGAUUCCAAUGGGACUUCCAGAAGUAGUUGCUCAAAGGGAACUAGUGAACCUUCAAAGUGGGCUUUGAACUCCAGGGCCAGUAUUACAUUAAGUCGGCAACAUUACCCUCCCCCAGGAAACUAGGCUGCUAUGGGAUUUAUUUAUUAAUUAAUUUAUUUGUGUCUUAUUUAUUCUCCCCCAGGCCUUGAAGGCCGGGGCCACCCCUCUCCCUAUCCACCUUGCCAAGCCAGGUAUGGGGAUCUUUGGCUCUUGCUGCUCCUUCCCUGGGGAGAGGUUCUCUUCCUCACCACCCCUGCCCUAGGCACACAUUGCUCUGGCCCUGGUAAAGGACAAUUUUAUGGGGGGAGGGUCCUAGGGACCCCACCUCCCCACGUUCCUUCUUGAUUCCCACAAUAUCCCCUCAUCCCUUUUGUUCCCCACCCCAUUCCAGGAGCUGUGCAUCAGGGAUAUCACCAAGUCUUCCUCAGUCCAAUCAUGUCCAUCUUGGGGGAGGGUAAUCUGACCCACGAUAUGGAGAACAAGCCCGCGCCCCGUCCCCUCGGGUAGGCCAGGAUGCUGUUCUGCCUCCAUCCGUUCUGAGGUAGGACUCGGCCUGGUUUUUCCUUUCAUUUUUCUUUGAUUUCUUUCUGAUCCUGAGUCGAGGUGUAGUUUCCUUGAGAUGGUUGGAAUACAAUAAAACACAAAGUAUACACUGUC